AUGGUCGAAGAGCGUGUCGCACUCCUCACAGGCGAGGGUGAUGGUAGACUCUCUACGCACCGUACACUUACGUCCCUCUUUCGCUCUACAAACCCUGCCAAGGGGUUUCGACAGCUACUCCGCUCUUUCACGGACCAGUUGUGCAGGACCGCAACAUGCUUGUGCGGCUAUCGCCAGCGGCAGCCUGAGAGGCAGGGAUAUAUCCCUUUGAAGAUCCUACGACCGGAUGAUAUCCCUUCGAAGAUCCUGCGGCUGGAAGAUCUCCCUUUGGAGAUCCUCCACUCCAUCUUCCUCGAUGCGUGCACCGACGGCGGGAAGACUGGCUGUUCGCUGUCGUUGGUUUCAAAGGGGAUCCACGCGGCUUCUCGCGCCGCUCGCUUUCAUUCCGUCUCCCUCCUCGCCCCCACGCUUGUGAACCUGUAUCGCUUCCUCAUGGUAUACAACGACGCUUGCAGCGCUGCAAAAAAUGCGGGUGUCGAGACGCCAAGAGUACAGCAUCUUUGCCUGCUCGUCGAUAUCUUCAGCGGAGACGGGAACAGUGUGCCCGGUGUCAAACACGCCGGAAGGGACAAACGAAACCAACGACACUUGGGGCGGCUGGCCGACUUGCACGACCGCGAGAACAAUGCCCCGCGCGGCACGCUUGCAGCCCAUCUGCGAGCCGUGUAUCAUGCCGGGGUAGUUAUCCUGCUGAACAUGGUCGCCGGCGAUCUCACGUCCCUAUGUUUGUAUCGAUUCCCACAUGACCCGAUGUCCCCUACGGUCGUGCCAGCCUUCCCCAAACUCCAGGAGCUGUGGUUAGGUGGCGAGGAUACGCGGUCCCCAUUCGUAUUCUUCAGAGACAGGGAUGAUUCCGGGCCCAGGUUUCCACAGCUGAGGAGACUGCACACACGUGUGGAUGGACAUGCUUCCAUCUGGCGGUGGUGCGAGGACGCGCCUCGGCUGAGAGACGUGCGGAUCGUGGCGGAUGCGAAGAUGCUGCUGCAGCCUGAAGACUGUAGCAAGAUCCUAAACAUCGCAGCCAAUCCAUGGUGGGAGGUACCGGGACGGCAAGUAAAGAUCCUCGUGAGAAGCGAAAAAACCUGGCGCACUAGACUCCCACUAUCUCGCGCCGUCCUGUUGAUGGUGCUGCGAGGCAUGCUGGUCGAGAGAUCUCGUUCGCUAGUCUUCGUACCGUUCUACACGUCGCAGGACUUGGAUAGUGGCGAGCGCGAGUCCAUCCAGAAUCAGAGCAUGUUCUGGGGCGGGGAUCGGCAGACGGGGCCGGACGAGCUCUUCAGACGGGACUGGCUGGCUUGUAUGGCGCCGCUGCAGGACGGUCGGCGGGAUGGGAUCUAUGUCAGAGAUUUUUGGACGCGUGCUCCGGAGCCUGAGAGACGCAGCCGAAUCGGUGCAGCCUUCGGAAAAGUGGGUAGUAGGACUAAGCCUGACUAUAUGACGCCCUUGGUUAUCCCGCAGAC